CGACCCGUAGUUUCAUUAUCACAACACGGAAGUUGCUAUGAAUGGUUAGCGCGCCACCUGCUACCGGUGUUUUUAGUCCUUGUUACGGACAAACAUAUAUCACUACCGAGACUAGUUGGUGUCAGACAGGUCUUCUGCCAGUGAGUCGAUCUGAAACGAGACGCCAUGGACUCCACUUAGAGCCGAUAUCCGCGUGAAACUGAGCAGAAAGCGUCACGUCGGCUGUUAGCUUACAACUUACUAUGUUGAGUCUAUUCUUUUCUUAAAGCGUCUGCAGGUCAAACACCAUGAAAGUCCGCUCGUCUGUCUUCGCCUCGUUCAUUUUGAUCUUCGAGGUGGUCGGGAUCGCCCUCUUCCUGCGGGGCUUCUUCCCCGUACCUGUCAAGUCCUCCUUCUCGUCCAAGAGCAGUCUGUCAGAUCAGCCCAAGGAGCCGCUGGCAGGCAGCGCCCCCAACUCGUCCCGGCUGCCCCAGCCCCUGUUCAAGAGGGUGGUCAUCAUGUUGGUGGACGCCCUCAGGGAGGACUUUGUGUUGGGACCCAGUGGUCGCAUGUACAUGCCCUACACCAGACACCUGGUGGAGAAGGGCUCAUCGCAGAGCUUUGUGGCCAAGGCGAGACCCCCGACAGUCACCAUGCCGAGGAUCAAGGCCCUCACCACUGGCAGCAUCCCAGGCUUCAUUGAUGUGGUAAUGAACCUGAAUUCUCCCGCCCUGCUGGAAGACAACCUCAUCUGGCAGGCCAAAACGGCGGGGAAGAGGAUCGUCUUCUACGGAGACGACACCUGGGUGCGCCUCUUCCCCAAACACUUCAUGGAGUACGACGGCACCACCUCCUUCUUCGUGUCGGACUACACCGAGGUUGACAACAACGUGACCCGCCACUUGGACAGCACUCUGAAGAGGGACGACUGGGACAUGUUGAUCCUGCACUACCUGGGCCUGGACCACAUCGGCCACAUCAGCGGCCCCCACAGCUCACUCAUCCAGCCCAAGCUGCUGGAGAUGGACGACAUCCUCAAGAAGAUCCACAGCGCGCUCGUCUCAAAGGAGGCGGAGGGGUCGCUGCCCUACCUGCUGGUGCUGUGCGGAGACCACGGCAUGUCGGAGACCGGCAGCCACGGCGGCUCCUCGGAGCCAGAAGUCAACACGCCUCUGGUCCUCAUCAGCCCGGCCUUCAAGAGAAAAGUGGGAAUGGAGAAGCCAGCAGUGGUGGAGCAGGUGGACCUGACUCCGACCCUGGCCCUGGGACUGGGUCUGCCCAUAUCUCAGAACAGCGUGGGCCGCGUCAUCCCGGGCGUGUUGGAGGAAACCUCGCUCCGAGAUCAGCUGCGCUUCCUGCAUCUCAACGGCCACCAGCUCAGCUGCCUGCUCAAAGACAGCGUGGCCGACUACGAGAAAGAUCCUGGUUUUGAGCAGUUUCGCGUGGCAGAAAAGGCUCAUGGGAACUGGAUGAAGCUCUACCUGGAGGGAAACACCUCAGAAGUGCUGACCAACAUGGGCAAGAAGGUCCUGAAGCAGUACCUGGAGGCGCUGGCCGCCAUGAGCUCUGCCCUCAGCAAGCAGCUGGGGAAGUACGACAUGUACUCCAUGGUCGCAGGGAUGGUGUUUGUGUUUCAGCUCCUGUUGAUCUUACUGCUGGCUAUGCCUGAAGCCCUGAGCGGCGCGGCGUCGGUGGACCUCCCCGUCCUCUCAGCCCUGCUCUCGCUGCCUUUCUACCUCCUGUGCCUGCUCCUCGCCUCAGUGCACGUGUUGGUGUGCACAUCUGCCGAGAGCUCCUGUUACUUCUGCAGCCUCUCCUGGGGCCUGGUGUUCGCCGCCGUUGCCUUCUCCUCGGCAAUGUUUUGUAUUCUGGUCUCCAUAGCAACACGGAGGCUUCCCCUGGGGCCGAAGAUUCACGGAAAGUCUCCACUGAAGAGCGGGGACGGCGAGUGGUCGCUGUCGGAGCUGGACGUGCUGCUCCUGGCCGGCACCGUCGGCCACACUCUCAGCCUGGCGGCCAGCAGCUUCGUGGAGGAGGAGCACCAAACCUGGUACUUCCUGCUCAACACGCUCUGCCUCGUCGUCUUCCAGGACGUCUGCCGCAAGUACUUCAGAGAGCAGCGCGGGCCCGGGGGGGAUGAAGAGCCCAUCCUCCCGUCCAAAGACUGCCGUUCCUCCGCUCGCCCCGCAGCGGGGAUUUAUUCGGAGAGGUGGCUGGCGUUAGCCACGCCGCCCUUCACCUGCUGUGCUGCAGGACUGCUGCGCUCCCUCAACCAGACGGGGGUGCAGUGGGCUCAUCUGCAUGUCGGACACUGGCUCAACAGCUCCGAGCACAAGCUGGUCCUCUCCCUGCUGUCUGCAUUCUGUCUGGUUCUCAUCUACCUCCUGGUUCAAAGACGCUGCUCGUGGGUCUCCAAGGUCGCCCUUGCCCUCGGACUUCUGGGUGUCUACAGCUACCGGGCAGCUGUCGGCAAUGUCUUGUUUCCCUGGCAACACGCCGGUCGAACCACGUCCAAGGGGACAGUGGAGGCACGCUUCGUUUACGUCUUCGUCUUGGGCAUCCUCUUCACGGGCACCAAGGACCUGUUGCGAUCGCAGAUCAUCACGGCGGACGCCAAGCUGAAGAGCAGGGGAUUGUGGGAGAUCUACAGCGGCCUGGUGCUGCUGGCGUCGCUGCUGUUCCGUGCGCACAACCUGCCGGUGCUGUGCUGCUGCCUGCUGAUCCAGACCCUGAUGGCUCAGUUCAUCUGGAAGAGGCUGCACUACGACGCGGCGCAGACCACCAUCAUGCACUACUGGUUCGGUCAGGCCUUCUUCUACUUUCAGGGCAAUUCCAACAACAUCGGCACCGUGGACAUCUCGGUGGGCUUUGUGGGACUGGAGAGCUACGUGGAGGCGCCUGCCAUCUUUUUAACGGCCCUCAGCACUUACGCCGGCCCCUUGCUGUGGGCGUGUCACCUGGUCUGCUACCUCAGCUCAGAGAGAGACAGGAGCCCGGUGGCGUUGGGCCACGGCUGCUACUGCCUGGCGCUGCUCAGGUCCGUGCCGGCCGCCGCCUACAUCGUGCUGGUGACCGUCCUGCGCUACCACCUCUUCAUAUGGAGCGUCUUCUCGCCCAAACUGCUCUACGAGUCCAUGCACCUCCUGCUGACGGCGGCCGUUUGCCUCUUCUUCAACACCAUGGAGCAGAGCCACGGCUCCAGUAAGUCGUAGAGGGGGAGGUCGGGGGGGGGGCGUGGAGGACUCAGACUGAUACACCCUGAAAUAUAGCGAUCCUCGCUUAGUGAUUUACUCCCUUCUGUUCACAGUGUGUGAAUAGAUGUCUCUGAUCCGAACCCUGAUUUGUGUGGGUUGUAAGAAAAAAAAAAAAGAAGAAAAAAACAGCUCUGGCGUUGUAUCUUUGAGCAAUUUAUUUAAAUAUUUGAUUGAAAAGGAAAAAAAAAGGUUGUGAAUGAAUAAAAGGAAGACGAUGAGCAUUUUCAUGCUGUGAUAUUACCUCAGGGACGAGUGCAAAGUUUUCUGUGGGGAACGUCAUCUGUUUUUUACUCGAUCAAUCCAAAAAUGUUCAUGAAAAAAAGAAACUGACAGAAUGUGCUUUUUGUCAAGGUGAGGGGGGGGGGGGGAAUAAAACGAGUGGAUUUGAUUAUCGCCGCCUCAGUUUCAGAGUCCUGGAAGUAUUUCUGCUCACCGUUGGGUCUCACAGGGACACUUGUUAAAACUGUUACGAGCGCGACUCCCACUCCAGCACGCCGAACGGUGUCACGACUUCCUGGCGCGGCGGGACUCGCACAAAUGUGAUGGGGACGUCAAUCAAGUCCGCGGCGUGGAAGCCCACACGGUCCUGAGAGAAGGGUCUGAUCAGGCAGCAGUGUGGGCGUAGCGGUGGGUGUUUUCAGGACACUGCAGCCAUUUCUCUCUGGAACGUUUCCAAUACGCUGCUCAGACCAUUAGGUAAAACAUUAUGUGCUCGCCUUUCUCCUCAUGCAUCCGUUUCAACUGGUAAGAGCUGAAGCCUUCCGUCUCUCACGCCACAAAGCGGCACUGAGUAAUCUACACUUUGCAAAAACGAAAACACGAGAUUCUAACGUCCCGAAAGUACGGAUUUUAGUGUUUGCUACGUUUUAAUGAGCACGGGGCGACAAACCGUUUAUCAAAUUAUCUCUGCUACCCAGAAAAGUGUUUUUGCAUCUGCAUAACAAAAAAAAAAAAAAAAAAAAAAGUUGCUCUGUUUUCCAGAAUGAAUAAAUUUAGAAUUUUUUUGAUUAGGAACAAAACAAAAACUGAAAAUUUGUAAAUACGACCUGAAGAGCUGACGACAUCGCAGCACCUGGAGAAAAAAAACAGUACAAGGAAGGAAGCAGGAAGCAUCGCUUCUUUUAGGUAAACUUGUUUUCAGUAACUCUGUACGCAGAUCGUUCAAACUGCAGGUUUUCUGUGGAGAGGAGGUUCAUGUUCUCCUUUUUGUUAAUAUAAUCCCAAAAUGUUCAGCUCAUCACUCUGUGAGGGACGACCGUCACUUCCAGCUCUCAGUUCGUCUUUGAACCAUUAAAUGGUACUUUAUAAGAGUUUAAGUCUUACAUUCCGCUGCAGUUAAGAAGCCUUUGUGUUGUUAAUGCAGGAUGAAAUAGCAGCUUUUCCGUCCCGCCACAUUAAUGAACUCCAAAGCCUUCGCAUAGCUCCCUGAACUGGUGAAGGUCAGAAUGAAGGGAUCAGAAACUCUGCGCCGCUUCAGAUGCGAUCUCAUUAUUUAUGAAAACUUAUCUUUUAAUGCAAAAACAACAAAGCUGUUUUUCUUUCCUCCUGAUGUGGAUGCCAAACGCCUCGGUAAUUAACCUUCCAGUUCUCUGCUGACAUUCACCAGCUCUAACUGGAAAUCUGUAAACGGGCCGAAGGGAAGUGAAGUGCAGUCGGUGGAAGUAACCCGUUAAACCAUCCUCACCGGUUCUGCGGUCGUCGUCGUUUGGAUCUGGGAUCCUGGGAUUUGAUCAAAACCUUCUCUCACCAUCUGCUUCUGCAGUUUCACCAAAGUAAAGCUGGCAAAUGAAGCUGGCCUCCGUCCAAAGCAAUAAGUUUAAAUGUGAGGCCAAGCUAGAGAGCAAAGAGUCUCCGUCCAGGUGCUUUUAGGCUCCGCCGUGUUUUACUGCUGGGUUUAAAAACAACUUUAAAAUGACUUUGAGCCUCCAGGCUGCUGCUUCUCAUGACAGCUGGGACUCCUCUCAUUACAUCUGACAUGUCUUUAUUACUCUACUUUUACUAAAUAAGCUGAGAUCAGAGAUGUUUGGGAACAAUGGGCUGAAAGCUGUCUGAGUCGAGGAUAAAUAUGAAGAGGUUUGACUGGAAUGGUUUUGUGGAUCUUCAUGUAGCAAUGAUUCAGCCAAGCUCAGCUUUAAAGCGAGUGUGUAUAUAAUCAGUUUAAAGUGGAGACUGCACCUUUCCUUCUCUUCAGGCAAUAAUCUCUGUUCUGCAAUAAGAUCCUAGUUAGAGUUGAAGCUACCAAUUUUCAGACGCUUGAACUUUAAUGUAAUCGUUUAGAAAUGAAUCAGAAAACCCUGAUCAGAAGGAUCUCAUCUUAGAAACACUCAGACUCUAAAAUAAGCUGAGACACGGCAUGGAUAUUAGUUUACUAAGAAGAAAAUCGGAGUCAGCAUCAGGCUUUCUUCCAGAUUUCAUGAUAGAAGAUUUGCUGUUGGGAUCCUUGAUAAAGGAAGUGUGUGUUGUAUUUCUGAAAUCUGAGGUAUGUGAAGGUUUUUUUGUUUUGUUUUUUGUUUGUUUUUGUUAUACCUGUUCAUCUAUUUUUUUUAAUGAAAUAGAUAAUAAUUUUGAACUCAACUUUAUUCUUUUUUUUAAUUAGCAACUCUGCUAAAAGCUUUCAGAAAUCAGUCACUUGUAAACACACUACCACUUUAACCACAUUUUUUUUAGGUUGGGAAUUAUUAAUUAUUCAUGUGUUUCAUAAUGUAGUUCAACAUUGCUACAGGAGAUUUUUUUUUUUUUUUUUUUUUUUUCAGUUUUUAGUUUUUUGAACUAUCGAAGUGGAGUUAGACUCUGAUCCUGGUCCUGGUCCGGGUGAACCGUCACAGAUCGACUCAGGCCCCGUUUACACGAAAACAUCUUCAGGUGAAAACGUAAAACUCUCAUAGUGUUUUUGGUUUCGCUUUACACGUCAACGGUGCAACUUUUUGAAAACGGCUCCCGAAGUGGAACUUUUUGAAAACACUGACUUCGUUUUUCUUUUUGAAACAUGACCUGAAUGUGUUUUUGAGACUUCUGGCCGUGAUGGUGUGAACUGGUGGGUUUAUUCUUUCUCCAAGUGGUAAAAACCAUAAGUUGACAAAGUUGCUGAACGAACGUCUUCCUGCUUUGCGUUGAUUGCCAGGCUUCACUUCCUGCAUCGAGGCCCUUUGAGAUUUGACCAGGAAAAAAAAAAAAAAAAAAAAGAAAAAGCAGAACAAAAAGUGGAGUUGAAAGAUGGAGCAUUAAAGCCGCAGUGUUGCAACUUUUCACCUCCAGGCGGAGAAGUGAAACGUAAGUUCCCGUCCGGGCUCUUGUCACUCACCUUGAUGAGCUGUCUGCUUUGAGACGGCUGCUCGCCCUGGGGCUGAGGAUCACUGACGUCCCCCAGGCCGCCACAGGCGCCGGCGCCAGCCCGGGUAAAAGAAG